CCAGAAUUCGCUUAUGACGCUUUGCUCUCCUCAUUCCAUCCGUAUAUUUGCUGUGACCGUACCCUCUUCCUUUAUUAGCCCCCCAUCUCUUGGACUCUCCAUUCUUUUUAUUUUCUUCUCUUCCCUCUCAACUCUCAACUUUCAAGCUGCCCAUCUCCUUUCCUCCGUUCUCGUCUCUGGCUCUGCUACUGUCACCUGGAUUUCUGGCUUAUCAAUUUGAAGCAAAUGGGUACCUGUUUCUCUUGUUCUGUCCUCAGCACUGAAUCUCAUGAGCUUCUUUCCUCGCCGACUGCCAAGGUUGUGUCUCUUAAUGGUUGUCUCCAGGAAUACAAUGUUCCUGUUUUUGUUUCUCAAGUCCUGGAGGCUGAAGCUUCAUCCUCGUCUUCAUCAUCCUCCUCAUCGCCGCCUUCUUUCUUCCUCUGCAAUUCUGACCUUUUAACUUAUGAUGAUUAUAUUCCAGCUUUGGAUUCGAACGCCCAGCUUUACGCUGAUCAAUUGUAUUUUGUUCUUCCUAUAUCUAAACUUGAAAACAGGCUAACCGCUUCUGACAUGGCGGCUUUGGCUGUGAAAGCUAGCGUAGCCAUCCAAAAUGCCUCCAAGAAAGACGGUCAACGGCGUAAGAAGGCCAGGAUUUCUCCUGUUUUAAUGGGGAAUCAGUCGCCCUCCUCAGAUGAUGCCGAAGCUAUUAAGUCGUUUGAGAAGCCAGCACGGCCACAACAGCAAUCUCCUGCCGGAUUAUCCAGAUCUGGGUCUGUUAAAAGAUUACAAAAGUAUACUUCCAGACGUGCAAAACUGGCUGUGCGCUCCUUUAGGCUUGGAUUAAGCACCAUUUACGAAGGGGCAGUGCUCUGAAUUUCUAUUUCAUUUUUAAUUUCUUCAUUUGGUGGGAUGGUAAUGUUCCAAUUUUGACGAAAAAUCAGAUGGGCCAAAAAAAAAAAAAAAAAAAAAAAGAGCAACACAGUCCUGUAAAAAACAAUACAAUUAAUGAAAAUAUGGUACUGAAUGUAUCUAAUCUAGUUUUUUCUUCCA